UUGUUUUCAACUGUAAUUUUUUUAGAUUCAUCAUUAGAUUGGACCGGAAAUAUUUCAUCGCGAAAGAAGAGAAAACCAUACACUAAGCAUCAAACAUUGGAACUAGAAAAAGAAUUCUUAUUUAAUACUUAUGUUAGUAAGCAAAAACGAUGGGAAUUAGCGAGAAAUUUGGUGCUAUCAGAACGGCAAGUAAAAAUUUGGUUUCAGUUGAAUACAGUGCAUAUCGGUUUAUUGGUUUUUUUUGCGAAAUUUCAGAAUCGACGAAUGAAGGACAAAAAACAGAAGCAACGAUCAUCUGUUGAUCCAUCAUGCAGUUCUCAAUUAAUGAUACCAAGAGAAUCCAAUAAUAAUUUAUGAAA